AUGGAGUCAUUCAACAAGAUAAAGGUGACCAACCCAGUUGUCGAAAUGGAUGGAGAUGAAAUGACUCGAAUUUUCUGGAAAUCGAUAAAAGAUAAGCUUAUCUUUCCCUUCCUGGAGUUGGAUAUCAAGUACUUUGACCUUGGCCUCCCUAAUCGUGAUGCCACCAAUGAUAAAGUCACAAUUGAAAGUGCUGAAGCUACUCUUAAGUACAAUGUUGCAAUAAAGUGUGCAACUAUAACUCCAGAUGAGACUCGUGUUAAGGAGUUCAACUUGAAACAGAUGUGGAGGAGUCCAAAUGGGACAAUACGGAACAUUUUAAAUGGUACUGUUUUUAGAGAACCAAUUAUCUGCAGAAAUGUUCCCCGACUUGUUCCAGGUUGGACAAAGCCAAUAUGCAUUGGGAGGCAUGCUUUUGGUGACCAGUACCGAGCAACUGAUGCAAUCAUAGAAGGACCUGGAAAACUUAAAAUGGUUUUUGUACCUGAUGGGCCCAAUGAGAAGACAGAGUGGGAGGUUUACAACUUUACUGGUGCUGGAGGCAUAGCUUUGUCCAUGUAUAACACAGAUGAGUCAAUCCGUGCUUUUGCUGAGGCUUCCAUGAACACUGCCUAUCAGAAAAAGUGGCCACUAUAUCUUAGCACUAAAAAUACUAUUCUGAAGAAAUAUGAUGGAAGAUUCAAGGACAUCUUCCAGGAAGUUUAUGAAGCUCAUUGGAGAUCCAGAUUUGAGGCUGCAGGGAUUUGGUAUGAACACCGUCUUAUUGACGAUAUGGUUGCUUAUGCUCUCAAAAGUGAAGGAGGUUAUGUUUGGGCAUGCAAAAAUUAUGAUGGGGAUGUGCAAAGUGACUUCUUAGCCCAAGGGUUUGGAUCUCUGGGGCUGAUGACAUCUAUACUGGUGUGCCCAGAUGGAAAGACCAUUGAAGCUGAGGCAGCCCAUGGUACAGUAACACGCCAUUACCGAGUUCACCAAAAAGGGGGUGAAACCAGCACAAACAGCAUAGCUUCUAUCUUUGCUUGGUCCCGAGGUCUUGCACACAGGGCAAAGUUGGAUGGCAAUGACAGACUCUUGGAUUAUACGGAGAAGCUUGAAGCAGCCUGUGUUUCGACUGUCGAAUCUGGGAAGAUGACCAAGGAUCUUGCACUCCUUAUCCAUGGGCCUAAGGUCACUAGGUCUAAGUAUCUGAAUACCGAAGAGUUUAUUGAUGCUGUGGCUGAGGAACUGAGAGUGAGAUUGUUUAGCAGAGCAAAGUUGUAA